CUACAGUGAAGACGUAUUUUAAAGCUGCGCGUGCAUGUGCUCCCAAAGAGAUACCGUCGCAGAGCACGGCUCUGGCCUGCAGUUGUACGCUCUUGAAACAGUCAGCCAGAGAAAGAGAAAGGUUAAGAAAUAUUGUCGUGCCGCUAGCGAUGGCAGAAGCAUGGGUCUUCCCGACGUUUGUGCUGUGUCUUUGCGGAUUUUUCACAAGUAUGAGACCUUCAGAGCCCUUCAUCACAGCAUACCUUGUGGGACCUGAUAAAAACUUGACACAGAAAGAGGUGUUUAAUGAAGUCUUCCCAGUGUGGACGUACUCGUACCUCGCUCUGCUGCUUCCAGUUUUCCUGGCUACAGACUUCCUUCGCUACAAACCUGUCAUCAUACUGCAGGGGGCGAGUCUCAUCAUUACCUACCUGAUGCUCAUGUAUGCCCAGGGACUAAUGGCAACACAGUUUAUGGAGUUCUUUUAUGGGGUCUCCACAGCCACAGAGAUUGCUUACUACUCCUACAUCUACAGUGUGGUGGAUUCUGCCCAGUACCAGAAGGGGACUAGUUACUGUCGUAGCAUCACGCUGGUAGGGUACACUGUAGGCUCGGUCACAGGACAGGUCCUGGUGUCGCUGGCACAGGUGCCCUUGUUCUACCUGAACGCCAUCACUUUGACAUCUGUGACGUUGGCCUUUGUCACCUCAUGGUUUCUGCCAAUGCCAAAUAAGAGCCUGUUUUUCCAUCAAGCACAUGGAUGUGUGGACAAAAAGGAGCUGACAAUCAAGGCUGCAGGAUUGUCUCCCAGAGUGCUAUCUAGGGCUGCACUGGAAGAUCCAGAGUCUAAGGUUCCACUGAAUGCUGAGGAAAGCCCUCCUGCUGCUCAACAUGUGAAAGAGGGGCAGGCUGUCGGCGGUGGUGGUUUAUUGGAAGUACUCAGGAUACUGUGGCUGGAUUUGCUGCAGUGCUACUCCUCCUGGCCUCUGCUCUGCUGGUCGGUAUGGUGGGCUCUGUCCACCUGCGGAUACUUACAGGUGAUCAACUAUGCCCAGGCACUGUGGGAGGAGGUCCUGCCGUCCCAGGACUCGGACAUCUACAAUGGCUGUGUGGAGGCCAUCUCAACUUUACUAGGUGCUGUCGCAGCUUUUGGUGUGGGCUAUGUGAAGAUAUCCUGGAAAGACUUGGGGGAGCUGGUGCUAUGCAGUUUCUCAGUUGUCAUUGCUGUAGCUGUGUACAUUAUGGACACUGUCAGAAACAUUUGGGUGUGCUAUGUGUCUUAUGUUGUUUUCAGAAGCACACAUAUGUUGCUAAUAACUAUUGCAACGUAUCAGAUAGGGGCUAACCUGAGCAUGGAGAGGUACGCCCUGGUGUUUGGUGUAAACACUUUUGCUGCUGUCGCCUUACAAACUUUACUCACUGUCAUUGUGGUCGACUCCAGUGGACUUGGACUGGACAUUUUUACUCAGUUUCUUAUUUAUGCAAGCUACUUUGGCAUGAUUGCAGCUGUUUUCCUCGCAGCUGGACUUUACAAAUUAGUGGUAAGGCGGAGAAGGAGCCAUACGCCUGAGACAGUCGGUGGAAUAACUGAAUCUGACUUUUCAGGGGACCAGGUGUCUCUGAAUGACUGCAACUACCAUCACUAACACAUCUAGAAGCCUUCACAAUGCUGGACUAUUUGAUGUAUAUUUGGACACUUGCAAAGAUAGUGUUACAGUAUGAGUGUUCUUUUGUGUGUGUAAGUAAGUGAGUGGAGUAGUUGGUCUCUUUACAAGGUAAAGAUACAAAAUACUUUUCUUGGACAUCCAUAUUUUUGCACUCUGUUACAAUCAUUUCGGAUGUAUAAACCAGUCCAGAUACAGCUGCUUUAUUUCCCUUUGUAUCAAUGUAAUGGAGACCCCCUUCACUGGAGGGGCAGAAUGUUAAAACCAGCAGUACUGCUAACUUGUUUUAUAUUGCCUAUUUAUUUAUUUUGAAUCUAAUGUAGUGUCAGACAAUACACCACCAUGCAGUUUGGUAUGGUGGCUUCCUAGUGGAUGGAAAAUGUUUGCAAUAUGUAUAAUCUAAAGCUGUUGCAGAGAUGACAUUACCAAAAAGGAUGUACUUGCAUUCAGAACUGAAGAACUGUAUGUGAUCAUGUGUAAAGAGGUAGCAGUGCAAUGAGAACCAUAUUACAAUCGUACAUUUUAGUUGCAGAUUUGCAUAUGUGCCUUUUAGAUUCUUGCACUAUAACUCUUAUGCCACCAGCAGCUCUCCCCUAUUGCAGUUUGCCUUGCUGUGAUGUUUGAGUGUGAGCUGUUUAUGGUUUAGCUUUUUGUUUGAUCAAUUUCUUGAUCAAACAAAUGUAAAUGCAGACAGUAGUGAGUUAAUUUAUAUUCUGAAUAGUUACAAGAAUGUUAAUGAGUGAUGUGUUCCUUGCUCAUUCUAAAGGAGAUAGCAUCAAAAAGAAAGUUAUCCUGAAGAGGUACAGUACUGAUUCAUUCUGAUCAUACAAUCUGCAGUUCUGGUCUAUUCCAGCAGGUGGUGAUUUGCAAUAUAUAUAUAUAUAUAUA